AUGUCAUCCACGCCCGCAUCAUCAAUGUCUGCAGCUGAAAUGAAAGCACGUGUGGAAGCGUUUGAAAUGCUCACGAAGACGUCACCGUUCCUAAUGCAGUACCCUCCAAAUAUGCCAUUAGUCAACCCAUUCGACCCUCAAGCACCGUUACCUGGCUCUACAACCAAUACCAAUCCACUAACACUUGCUGAUGUUUCGAUGCCGUCGUUUCAAGAAAUGCUCAAGGGACCCGAAGCAAAGCAGAAUGCUCAACAGUGGAGUGAGUAUAUGCGUAAACGAUUUGCGGCCCAAAGUGGGAUGUGUGAUAAUCUCCAGCAGCGUUUCGAUGCUGCAACGAGUGGAGAUAAUCUCUCUAUUCCUCGUGCUGCAAGCUUACCGAUUCAGUCUACAUCUGCUCCUAGCACGCCCGGAAUGACAGAAAAAUCCACGGUUCCCGUUGGUAGGGACGGUUUCUACAGUAGAUACUCCGCCGAGCACUUCCUUCUGUCGCGCAGUCGGUGCUACGGGUGGCGGUUUUGUGGCUUGACGUGCAUCACAGUUCCUGCUGCAGCGACACCUCCAACGCCGGGUUUCGCCAGUUUACGGCGUGCUCACAGCGAAGGGGAUGACCUCGAUAUCACUAGGGCAACCGCUAGUCAACGAGCUGCGUUUAAUGUGGAUAAGGCAACUGAAUCCAAUAACGAUACACCGCUAACGACCUUUGCCUGUUCUAAUGGUCCAUGCCACAAAUGGUUGAUGUCCUUGUUUGUCGUGGGCUUCACUCCGCUGAUAUUGGCGGCUACGGGUGGACAUCGAGAUGUUGUGGAAUUGCUUCUCAACAAUGGAGCCCAAAUUGAAGCACAGUCUGAGCGUACCAAGGACACAGCAUUAUCACUUGCUUGUUCUGGUGGUCGGAAAGAUGUGGUGGAGCUUCUACUCAGCAGGGGUGCUAAUAAGGUAGAACUUCCGGUUGAGGAGCCCUCUUACUUCAUCGAAAUUCUAGUUACGUUGAAGAUGCCACAGAUAAUGGUGCAAAGAAUGCGUAUUGAUCGAUAA